AUGGCCUACUUUUUGCCCUCGUUCUUCCAGAAACGACUGCUGCGAUAUGCUCUAUCUCGCCUGGAGAUCGUCGAUACCGAGGCCUUGGAUCUCGAUAGCCUGGGAAUCCGAUGGGGGCAGCGAAGUACCGUCGAACUACGGGAUAUUGGCUUGAGGCUCGAGAAACUAGCCACCCUGCUUCACCUUCCUGCUUCCAGUGAACUCCUAAGCGCCCGUGUCCAGUUCCUGAAAAUCACCGUCCCCGCCGAUAUCUACAGCAGCGGUAUCAUCUGCCAGGCCAGCGGCAUCGACGUACAUCUACGGCUACUUUCCGAGGAAGAGACACAUCAUCCUGGGCCAGGCGAGAAAUCAUUCAACCCUGACCCUAAAGACGAUGCAAGCACCGAUCCGAUCAUCCCCAACCCCGCCGAUCUUGCCCAAUCGUUCCUCGAGGCUGAGCCAAAGGAGGAAAGGGACGAGCUACAGGCUGCCAUAUCGUCACGAUCCCAAGUGCUACAACGAUCCUCGGCAUUCAUCGGCGAUGACGAGGAGGAUCUUGGUCUCGGUAACGAGACCGUCUCUCUGCCCAGCUUCGUUGCCGCCUUCCUCAAGGGUGUUGCAGACCGCUUGCAAGUUCAGGUGGACGACAUAUCCAUCCGCGUCGAUGUGGAAACAAAGCAAGAUGGGCCGCUAAGGAGGCAGCCAGAGGACAAACCAGACUUAAUCACAGGGUUGUUGAGUGUUGGACAAGUCAAGGUCGAUGCAGUGUCGUCGUCUUCGGGCGCUGAAGGGCCUCCAUCACGGAAACAGAAGCGAUUAAUCUCCGUUUUGGAUAUCAAUCUUGCCUUGAUAUCGGACCCCGUCGUCUUUUCGAAUUAUUCACGGUUUGCUGCUCCACCGUCUCCAGAUGCAUCUCUGCCACCAAAAACAAGCCGGGCUCCGAGCCGUGACUCGCCGUUGCCGUCACCGCCAGCGUCGCCGUCGCCGUCGCCGCCUCCGCCUGAGCCCUCAUCUGACCGGAGCUCCACCAUGGAGAUGACGCGAUCGACUAUUUUUGAUCCAUCUCCUGGUCUCAGUGACUCUCGAUUGAUAGAGCACCAUGCUCCCGAAAUGGAAGGCUCCGUGUACACCUACGAUGGCAGGUUCUCCGACGCCGACACAGAGGAGACCAGGAGCUAUGGUUACAUGGAGGAAUCGCAAAAUCUCUCAGAUGACGAUAGGAUUCUGGAUAAUCCGUCGUAUCUAGACGAUGUGAUAGGCUCGCAACUCCAGGAUGAUGAUCUUGACGAUUUGGACGGCUUACGACCGGACGUUGGUCGGCGCGUCCUAGGCAGUGGCGAUACCCCGCGUCCCCAAAGCCCAGAGUUGCACGCUCAUAGAAGGGUAUCAUACGACAGGGCAACGUAUGGUUCCAUGGGUGCUUCCUCUAUGCCACAACGGCCGGAAGUUGGUGGCUCUACUCAGAGUAGCCUACAUCUUCCGGAUACUAGCACAGCUGUCCCCCAACCGGAGUUGUUGGGGAUCAGCCCGGAUAUCGCCCAGGAUUCGACACCAGAUGAAGAUACCCAGGUCGAAACACGUGUUCCUUCACCUCCUUCCGAAGCCGGUAGCUCAAGUUCAACGUCUGGGUCUUUCAACCCGGAGGAGCUUUCCGAAUCAAGAUUAUUUUCGAACGAGGAGGCGCAGAGUAUGUAUAUGAGUGCUGUCAGCCAUGAUUCUAUGUCCAGAAGUUUCAUCCCGAACAUCCCCGGGGCGUGGGAUUCGCCAGAGUCAACGGUUAUUAGGGGAAGAGGCCCACACGCGCAUUAUACAAAUGAAUACGAUGCGCAUCAGGCAGGAGAUGAGCAUGAGGAAGAGAACGAAUCCAUCGCGACACCUAAGCUCACUGCUCAAGCAGGGUCUCACUUCUCGCAGGAACUUCCCCUUGAAAACAGUCAAAUGGGAGAUAAAGAACCUGCCCAGAGUCCGCCAAAGCUAAGUAAACUUCCGCAUGUUGCUAGGCGCUUCUUCAGCAUCGACAAAGUGUUGAUCACUAUUCCUUCAAUCGAUAAUGAUGAAAAUCCUGUUCAAGACCUACCGCCCGAAUCCCACCAAGAAACAGAGUCUUCAAGCAUGGUGGAAUCGACAGCUUACUUGCGUGACUCUGUGGCUGAAGGUGAUCUCGCGGCUUUCAGUACACACGCCUCUACUCGAAUCCGCAGUGAUACAAUAAGGUCAUAUCCUGGAAGUGAGGGCAUUGGGGCUAGAUUCCCACGUACACACACCGACGAGAAAGCUCCACAGCUGAAGCACAAUUCAUAUGACCUUGAAGUUGAGAUAUUCUCCGUACAAGUCCAAUUCGAUAUCGCUAUCGGUUGGCUUGUCAUAAAAAUUGGGCAGAGGUUUCUCGAAUCAUUUGGAAACGAUACUGCUAGCAGUACCAAGAAGAGUCGCCCACAGGUGCAAGAACGACAGGCCUUCAAAUUUGGUCUUCAAAGCCUUUCCAUCAAAUUUGUUGACCACGUCCCUGAGCAAACGUAUUCUGCUGAAAACCACAGUUCAAAGUUCUUUGGGCUGCCACGCGAAGAUAUCUUGUUGCAAGCUUCUGUUUCCGGAUUGAAGGCCCAUUUCCUAGCCGAAAAAGAUGUAACAACAUUGGAGCUGGGAGUUACAAGAUUCACUCUCGGGUUUGCUUCUGAGGAUCUGAUAUCGUUUAGCGAAGACCUCAAGAUGCGUGAGUCUACCAGAGAUGUUCUAUCACCGACACAUGGAGACAUUUCUCUUUCUGUCACGAAGUCGCCUGAUUCAACGAGAGUGGUCAUAAUGACACUCCCUCUGCAGUUCAAGUUCAAUAUCCAGCGCUUGGAAGAGGUUGUAGAUUGGGUCGGUGGUCUGAGCACCAUCCUGGAACUCGGAAGCUCAAUCUCUUCGGUCUCGACCGGGAAGAGCCCGAAAAAGGACGUGCCAAAGCGCCCUCGUGGCGUGCACUUUGAGGAGUUCCCUCCCCCGGCUGCCCCACUGUCUUCGUCGACACCUUUGAAAAUAAAUGCCCGUAUUGGCGGGAUUGCGCUUGACGUUGUUGGAGAAUAUCAUUACAUCAAGCUGAGAACGACAGCCGUCAAGGUCAUCAAACGGCCUGAAGGGUUAGCGGUUCAAAUAGACAAGGCGAAGCUGACCGGCCCACUGCCUCUAGAUGAUUCUCGUGACGCACCCGCUAAGAUAAAUCUCAAUGAUAUCAGGAUCGAGUUCCUGGACGCUCCGACAGAACCCGAUUUGGAUCGUCUUCUGGGAUUGAUCACCCCAUCGAAGGAUAAGUACGACGAAGACGACGAUAUCAUGUUGGACACGCUAUUCCGACAGCGGAGACAAGGCUCAGUCCUUCGCGUUACAGUAGCCGGAGCAAAGGUUGCCGUCGCCCGAAUCACCGAGUUAGGCCCGCUUGCUCAGCUAGGAGAGGAGCUCGGCAAGCUGUCCAACGUUGCGAAAUAUUUGCCGGAGGACGACCGCCCUGGGAUCCUGACCCUUACAAUGAUUCGUGAGCUAGAAGUACAGGUGCACGUCGGCGGCAAAGUUGGUGUUAUUACUGCGAGUCUUCGGAGGGCCGAUGCAGCAUAUAUUAGCCUCCCCUCGCUCAUUGCCGCACAGCUGGGUUCCAUCGCCGUGGUAAGGAACGACAACGAGGAGCUUGUGGGUGAUGCAUCGCCGACAAAUCGGGGACAGGGUCAAAGCCUUCCGGUGCUAAUGGCCCGCUACAUAGCUGAUGAGAUGGACCCCACGAUCAAGAUCAAGUUACACAACUUCCGCGCGGAAUAUACACUUCCAUCCAUGAUUGCUUUCCUCGGACUCAGCGACGAAAUAACGACAGGAAACGUGGCUGCCAAUAUGGCCAACUCCCUGGCCAACCUUGCGGAAUUGCAACCUGAGCCAAGCAACCAGACAUCAACAAAGGCGACCCACCCUGAGCCUCCCUCAAAGCCUCUCAAGCUGACGGUUGACCUGCGGGACUGUGUUCUUGGUCUCAACCCGCGGGGCACCUCAGCAAAAGGUCUGGUGGUUCUGACAAACGCAGAAUUUUCGGGUGCGAUACAUGAUCUGGUGUCUUCCGAAGCCAGUCUUAAGCUGCGAAAGGUGUCGAUAAUGAUUAUCGACGAUGUGCAAAAUGUGGGAUGUACGGAUAAUCUACACCGACGGAGCUUUGCCCCUCCACAAAGCGACCAAGUGCGGCUCUUCAUCGAUGAGGGCUUCGUACCCGUCUGCUCAAUAUCUUCGGCCACGGCCACUGUGCGGAUAAUGCGCUUGAGCGAUGAUGGGACCAAAUCUCUUGACGUGGAGGUGAAGAACGAUUUGCUGAUUCUGGAAACCUGUGCCGACUCGACGCAGACGCUUAUCGGCAUCGUCAAUGGGCUCCAGCCUCCGACGCCUCCCAGUGUCGCCAAGAAGUACCGGACCGAGGUUCUUCCCCUGCGGGAUAUGCUGUCGUCUUUCACCAUGGAUGCAUUUGUGCCUGAUGUGCCGGAAGAUGAGUCUGGGAUGACCGCCGAUUCUACUGGCCAAGUCCAGAGAGAGGGGCAUCUUGAGGACGAGCGCGAAUAUGUCAGCGAUUUUCAGCAUGUGACAGGCUCAGAGCACGGAUCUCAGAACGAGGGCAUGAUGGCGUCGGGCUCAAACGACCUUCUUGAUAGCUUCCAUUCACAGUACUAUGUGUCGUCCAGUAUUUCUGAGCUCGACUUCCGUGAGGAUCACUUUGCACAGCAGUCGGCCGUUGGAGGUACUGCGCACCGAUGGGACUCCACGGAGAAUACCUACGGGCUCUCGGAUGACUCGAAGCUCCAAAGAAGUCCGUUGAGAAUCAGAGUAAGGGAUGCCCACGUCAUUUGGAACCUGUUCGAUGGCUAUGAUUGGCAGCGUACAAGGGAUACUAUCUCAAAGGCUGUGAAGGACGUGGAGCGGAAGGCUACAGAACGGCGCGCACGAGUUGGUAGCCGUGCGUCUCCCAGUUUCGAUGAAGAAGAGGAGUCAGUUAUUGGAGACUGUCUGUUCAACUCGAUUUACAUCGGCAUUCCCGCCAACAAGGAUCCUCGUGAACUUCGAACGGAUAUCAAUCGUAACAUUGAUGAUCUUGUCAGUGAAACAGGGAGCUACGCGACUACGACGACUGUCACUGGAGCGACGGUUCGACAAGGCCAGUCGCCGUCUCUUCGGGGGAAGAAGCUGCGUCUUUCUCGAAGCAAGUCUCAUAAGAUGACGUUUGAACUCAAGGGUAUCUGUGCGGACCUGGUCAUAUUCCCGCCUGAUUCUGGUGAAACGCAGAGCUCUCUGGAUGUCCGUAUCAAAGACCUGGAGGUUUUCGAUCAUGUGCCCACCUCGACGUGGAAGAAGUUCGCAACUUACAUGCAUGAAGCUGGUGAGAAGGAGAGCGGAACCAGCAUGUUGCAUCUGGAGAUAUUGACUGUCAGGCCUGUGCCUGAGCUUGCGGCGUCUGAGAUUGUAUUGAAGGCGACCAUCCUCCCUCUACGUUUGCACGUCGACCAAGACGCGCUGGAUUUCAUAUGCCGCUUCUUCGAGUUCAGAGACGAUUCCGCGCCUACCCCGAGCACUCCGGGCGACAUCCCCUUCUUGCAACGAGUCGAGGUCAAUGCCAUCCCUGUCAAGCUCGACUUCAAGCCCAAGCGGGUGGAUUACGCGGGGCUUAGGUCCGGUCGCACCACCGAAUUCAUGAAUUUCUUCGUUCUGGACGAGGCCAAAAUGGUCAUGCGUCACGUGAUCAUCUACGGGGUGUCGGGGUUCGACAAGCUCGGACAGGCGCUCAACGACAUCUGGAUGCCCGAUAUCAAGAACAACCAGCUCCCCGGUGUGUUAGCUGGCCUUGCUCCCAUCAAGUCUCUGGUUAAUGUCGGUGGUGGCGUCAAGGACCUUGUGAUGAUCCCGGUGCGCGAGUACCGGAAAGACGGUCGCAUCGUCCGGAGUCUGCAAAAGGGCGCCGUGUCGUUCGCCAAAACCACAUCAAACGAGAUUGUCAAGCUGGGUGCCAAGCUCGCUAUCGGCACACAGACGGUCUUGCAGGGCGCAGAGGGUCUGUUGACAACCCCCAACGCAUCAGGAGCCGGUGCCGAAGAGGAGUCCGGUGAUGACGACGAGGCCAAGACCAUCUCCUUGUAUGCGGACCAGCCCGUGGGUGUUGUUCAGGGCCUGCGUGGCGCUUUCCGAGGCUUGGAGCGGGAUCUGAUCUUGGCUCGCGACGCCAUUGUUGCCGUGCCUUUGGAGGUCGUUGAGAGUGGAAGCGCCAAGGCGGCUGCCAAAGCUGUCUGGAAACAUGCCCCCACGGUGGUUCUCCGGCCAGCGAUUGGGGUCUCUAAGGCUGUUGGCCAGACGCUGCUCGGGGCUGGAAAUACCCUUGAUCCUAGCAAUCGGCGGAAGAUGGAAGAUAAAUAUAAACGCCAUUAAGCUCCCAUAUCUGGAAUAAUCGAUACCAUUUGGCGUUACCCGUCGCAAGUGCUUUCCCCCGCGACGACUUUUGGAUGGCACACCGAGGGACAUACUGAGCAGGUUCACACCACCUGCAGGCAGGUUACCGGGGGAAUGCAUACAUAUCCUUAUUUUUUUUCCUCCAACUUGCCUUUUGCGUUUGCUUUUUGAUAACGAUAACGAUGAAUGAUCCUUUGGCUUAGUACCUAUUACCCCAUCCUCUUUUUUUCAUGUGCCACUUUUUUCUUUUCUUUUUUUUUUUUUUUU